AUGGACGAAGCUGGUGCCCCCUUCGGAACUUCGUCGCGGAACUGCACAAUCCGGCGCUACCUCGAUCAGAACCCGACACCAGCUCUCGUCAUCCUCGCCUGCGCGCGCGCCGCCGACGCAGCGCUCUACGCAUCAAUAGCGCCCGCCUACUUCCCGCGAAGCGCCGCCGAACAACGCGCCGGGCCCGCCGCCGACCACGAGCGGCGCAUCCGCAUCAUACACAACCCGCACUCGCACAACGCCGACAGCGGUGAGUGCCGCCGCCCGCCUACUUCCCGCGAAGCGCCGCCGAACAGCGCGCCGGGCCCGCCGCCGACCACGAGCGGCGCAUCCGCAUCAUACACAACCCGCACUCGCACAACGCCGACAGCGGUGAGUGCCGCGCUAGUGAUGCUCCCUCGAGCGGCGCAUCCGCAUCAUACACAACCCGCGCUCUACGCAUCAAUAGCGCCCGCCUACUUCCCGCGAAGCGCCGCCGAACAGCGCGCCGGGCCCGCCGCCGACCACGAGCGGCGCAUCCGCAUCAUACACAACCCGCACUCGCACAACGCCGACAGCGCGGAAGACGACGCGUCGCUAUGCGACGAGGACGCGGCGGUGGAAGCGGCGGCGGCGUUCGCGCGCGCCUGCGCACCCGACACGCAGCGGUUGUUGGCACCCGCGCCCGCGCCGUAUGUCGACAGGCGGCUGUUAGAUGACCACGAGCAAUACGAGCGUCUGCUUCGGCGCGCGCGCACCGAAGACUUAAGCGAGGUGUCGGGCAUCGGCUGCCUGUACCAGAGCGGCGUGGACCGGCUCGGCAGGCCCGUCGUCAUCUUCAUCGGGAAAUGGUUCCCUAUCGGGGACAUCGACCUUGAUAAGGCCCUGCUAUACUUAAUCAAGCUGCUGGACCCGAUCGUGCGCGGCGACUACGUCAUCGCGUACUUCCACACGCUGGCGUCGUCCGCCAACCACCCGCCCUUCUCGUGGCUGAAGGAGGUCUACACCGUGCUGCCUUACAAAUAUAAGAAGAACUUGAAAGCGUUCUACAUCGUUCACCCCACGUUUUGGACAAAAAUGAUGACGUGGUGGUUCACGACGUUCAUGGCGCCGGCGAUCAAGGCCAAAGUGCACAGCCUGCCCGGCGUCGAGUACCUGUACUCCGUCAUGGCGCGCGACCAGCUCGAGCUGCCCGCCUUCGUCACGGAGUACGACAUGACGAUAAACGGCCUGCACUACUUCCAGCCCGAUACCAACAACACGUAAGCCGCAGCAGUGAUCCACAUUUAUCAAAUAAAACUACCAAUUAAGAUAAUAUUUCGUGUGGCAACAUUGUUAAUGUCAUGAAGAACUACUAAACUAUAUUACCUGGCAACACUGUAAGUUGUCAUUGCCAAACGGACUAAUGGAACGUUUCUUGUUAUAAAUUAUUAACAAAAAUCCUGCUUAUGUAUCAAUGACCUUUGUGAUCAUUUAAAUAUCAGCUAUGAGAUUGAAUAGAUAUAAAAUAUAUCUGUACCAAAUGUAUAAAUGAAGAGUUUAUAUAGAAAAGUACACGCUUUACUAAGUAUCGUUAGGUACGAUUGGAUGUAGCAAGAUACAUUACCAUAAGGCGUUGGCAACUGUCUGUUGCUGUGACCAAAUCGAUGUCCGUAAUAUUGUACGAACGACGGCACAUCAAACUGGGGCAUCUUAUUUAGUUGUGAUAGGUGCUAUUUUGCAACAAAAAUGGGCAGUUUGAUGUGCUGGCGACUGCGUUCGACCCGAGCGGAUACGGGUCGGAGUAUAUCACUGUUACAGUUGCGACCCGAGCGGAUAUGGGUCGGAAUAUAUCGCUGUUACAGUUACGACCCGAGCGGAUAUGGGUCGGAAUAUAUCGCUGUUACAGUUGCGACUCGAGCGGAUAUGGGUCGGAAUAUAUCGCUGUUACAGUUACGACCCGAGCUGAUAUGGGUCGGAAUAUAUCGCUGUUACAGUUGCGACCCGAGCGGAUACGGGUCGGAAUAUAUCGCUGUUACAGUUCCGAGUGACAUCUCCGAUCGACAUUAAACGCAAUAAUAUCAGUUUUACUAAUUACCGUUUUUAAUAGAGUUUUGUAGCCAAAGUUGAUCGAAGAUUUCACUCGGAAUCAUGAGGUUGUUAAUAGUAUCGUGUAACUUAGUAUUAGCAGUGCAUUUUUAUAUUACGUGACUGUAACGAGAUAACGUUAAGUUUCGGGCGUUUGUAUUUUAGUCCCGGAACGACAAACCCCGGGGUGUCAAAUCCAAUUUAUGGUGUCUAACUUUUUUACUUUAGUUUUUUAGUCGUCCGUAAUGGACUUUUAUUUAGUUAUUUCACGGUGUGCUAUUUUGUACGAUGUACUUAGAACACGGUUUGAUCAUUUACUUGACUUACAUUUCAAAUCCUGUGACAGGGUAUUCAUUUAACGUCAAUAGUUUUGUUCAAUACGAAUAUCAAUCGCGUAGUUUUCAUAUUAGUUUAAGGAGAGACGAUUGGCCUGCGGUGGCUAGUUGUACUAUGUUUUUACAAAGGUGCUUGAUGAUUUUGCGAAUGAGAUUUUUAUUUUUACAUUAGGUGUUCGACGAAUAGGCUUAAAGUUAGUAUCGGUGUAAAUACGCUGUUGAAUUUUUUCAUUGUAAUCGUAAAGGUGUGCCACGACUUCGUAGUGGUUUGUACGAAGCAAUUACGAUGUACUAAACAUUAGUUACAUUAAUAAGUAAUGUUACAAUUUGCUCGAUUCUGAGACUGUUGUAUGUUACUAAAAUUUGAAUCGAUUAAUAAAAAUAGUAACAUGAUAACACUGUCAAAAACCGUUAACAUUUAAAUUGCAAAUUACUAAAGUCGUUCUCUCUUUCCAUUCUUCUUAUUUUCCCUAGCCCUUUUUCCCAUUAUUUGGGAUCAGCUCUUCUUGUUCGUAUUACAGUCUGUCCUGGGUUGCCUUUCUUAUUAUUUGGCAGUGCUGAGGCCUGUGUAAGGUGUCUUACCAUUAAUUAAAGAAUGAAAUAGCCACCGUCUCAGAAUUGGGCCCAACACGCGGCACAGAACAAAGCAGUUUGCUAGAGCACCGGUAGACGCGGCGAUUCUAGUCGACGUACAGUUUCACUAUUUGCUCCAUUAUAUGACAAACGUUGUUAUUUCUAGUUAUAGAAGUCGAUUUCCCAUAAAUAUACACAUUUUUUACCUAUCAAUUUCAAUAAUAGAAAUAUGUUUUACAAUGUUCUGUUUAAAUAUUGUAUUAUAAGUUUUGGUAGUGUUGCCAAUUAAUGAUAAAUACCACUGCCACAUUUCAAAGUUAUUGUCGGUAAUCGGUAUAAUUGUAGCGUAGUGUGGCAAGGGACAGAAGACUGCUAUCGCAGGACUUCUUCCUACGUCGUUAUGAAUCUGAGGGAUCCCAUCCUAUGGUGUUCACCAUUGUGACGGGACCCAAUAAAGCCUAUAAUGUAAAAUGUAACUAGCUACCGUGACGCUUAGCGCAGUAGCAAUAGAAGCUAACGAAAUGCAAUAUUUUAUUACGAUUGUAUACAAGACCACAUCGCAAUGAGCUGAACGAAUGGUACAAAAUACAGUGGAUAUUGUUAUAGAAGCAGUAUAUUUUUUCUACAGUUAAACCUAAUCAUUGUGCCACCUACUUUACCCUUCAGUGAUUGAAUAUUUGUAGUGUUAAAACGUUGACGCAAUAUUGAAAUGUGUGAUUGUCUAUUGUUGUUAAUGCUGUAUUGUGUAAUUAAACUUUUAAUACAGUCGUAUUUUUGUAAGUUAAGUCAUUUUCCAUAAAUCCGUUUAAAUUUUUGUCUUACUGGUCAAGAGUAAGUUGAGAUGGAAAUUAGCAUUGUAUCAGUUAAAGAACCCAAAAAUCGUUGAAAUUGUAUACCCUACAACCAAUUUUUAAUGAAUUAUUGCACUUUUAAACAAAAGAUAUAUCAACAAGGCCUUAGAUGUGUUAACUAUUGUUACUUUAUUAUACUCAUAAUAAUUCUUAGGUCGCAAAUUUUAUUGCUGUUAACACGUGAAUCUAAAGAUCCAGUGUAAUUACCAUGUUCAACAAAUAAAAUGCUAAUUUAGGUGUUACGUGAAAAAUGUGAUCAAGCAAAUGUUAGUUAAGUUUCAUAUUUUAUUAUUAAAUUAGAUUGUUAAAUAGGCUAUGUAAAUAUUUAACAAAUAAAAGAAUAAAAUUAUUAAUUUACUAAUAA